CCCUGUGCAAACUGUGGGCAUCUGUUUUAUUAGUGCAAACAGUUGCUCAUCUGACAGCCCUCUCUCACGCUGGCUAUAAAAGAUGGAGGGUAGCAGGUUCUUUAGUACAUCCUUCAACUGAGCUGUGUCUGCAGUGGAACCAGAGGAUCUUCUUAACCAUGAGGCUACUGAUCCAGACCUUCACGAUCUGCCUGGCUCUCUUCCUCUGCCUGGCAGCUCCCUCGCAUCACCAUGACGAUGUUAAAGGUGAAAAGGUAAUUGGGGCUAGUGACCAUUCUAAUGACGACGCCCACUCCGACCAUGCAAACAAUGGCCCCGACCACGCAAACAAUGGCCCCAACCAGAAAAACAACGGCCCAGACCACGAAAACAAUGGCCCCGACCACGCAAACAACGGCCCUAACCAGAAAAACAACGGCCCAGACCACGCAAAUAAUGGCCCAGACCAUGCAAACAAUGGCCCCAACCAGAAAAACAACGGCCCAGACCACGCAAACAAUGGCCCCAACCAGAAAAACAACGGCCCAGACCACGAAAACAAUGGCCCCGACCACGCAAACAACGGCCCUAACCAGAAAAACAAUGGCCCCUGCCAUAAAAACAACGGCCCCGAUCAUGCAAACAACGGCCCCGACCACACAAACAACAGCACCGGCCAUAAAAACAAUGGCCCUGACCACACAAACAAUGGCCCCGACCAUACAAACAACGGCCCCGACCACAAAAAUAACGGCACCGACCACACAAACAACGGCCCCGACCACACAAACAACGGUGCAAGCCAUAAAAACAACGGCCCAUGCCAUGCAAACAACGGCCCCGGCCAUGCAAACAACGGCCCCGACCACGAAAACAAUGGCUCCGACCACGCAAACAAUGGCCCUAACCAGAAAAACAAUGGCCCCGACCACGGAAACAAUGGCCCCAACCAGAAAAACAACGGCCCAGACCACGAAAACAAUGGCCCCGACCACGCAAACAACGGCCAUAACCAGAAAAACGGCGGCCCACACCACGAAAGCAAUGGCCCCGAUAACGCAAACAACGGCCAUAACCAGAAAAACAAUGGCCCCAACCAGAAAAACAAUGGCCCAGGCCAUAAAAACAACGGCCCAGACCACGAAAACAAUGGCCCCGACCACGCAAACAACGGCCAUAACCAGAAAAACGGCGGCCCACACCACGAAAGCAAUGGCCCCGAUAACGCAAACAACGGCCAUAACCAGAAAAACAAUGGCCCCAACCAGAAAAACAAUGGCCCAGGCCAUAAAAACAACGGCCCCGACCACGCAAACAACGGCCCCGACCACGCAAACAAUGGCCAACACCAGAAAAACAAUGGCCCCAACCAGAAAAACAAUGGCCCAGGCCAUAAAAACAAUGGCCCCGACCACGCAAACAAUGGCCCCGACCAUGCAAACAACGGCCCAGACUAUUAAAACAACAGCCCCGACCACACAAACAAUGAUCCUGCCUGUGAAGAAGAACGUGGUCAAGGAGCUGCUUGGCUGUGACCAUCAUGUGUGAGCGACAGAAAGAAGAUAACACCACCUCUAUAGGAAGACCACCCACCUUCCAUCUUCUGAAUAAUUAAAAAAAAAAAGUUAAAAAAAGAAAAGUUUGAUUCUAAAAACUGCAAAUGAAGCUAGUUCUUUUUUUGGCCAAUGUGCGUUGUGUUAUUUUAAAUAGCUGUAUCCAAACAACAAGGCUAUUAUGUCUCUGUCAGCACUGUCUGUAAACAUUGACAACCACCUGUGCACUUUGUGGCUGAUGAAUAAACUAAAAUAAACAUCA